AUGGCAGCCAGAAGAAUUCGCUGUGUUUUAAAACACACUGCUUUAUUCCAGCCUCCAGCCUCUCUGUCUGCUGUAAUAGCAGCGGCAAAUGUUACUUCACGCGAAUACUCAACUUUUAAAGACCGUGUAAUCAUCUCAGCCAAACAGCAAGUAAACGGAGUAGAUUUUCAUUAUGAGGAAACAGGUACUGGUAAACACACAGUUCUACUUCUGCCGGGGGCUUUAGGAACCACUCGUACAGAUUUCCUGCCCCAGUUGACGGGUCUCAGUGCUAGCAAAUACCGGAUUAUUGCCCUGGAUUUGAGAGGUUACGGUAGCAGCAGACCUCCAGACAGAGACUGGCCUCCAAUGUUUUACCACAGAGAUGCUGAUGAUGUUGCUGUUUUUAUGCAGGCAUUAAACAUUCCAAGAUAUUCAGUGCUUGGCUGGAGUGAUGGAGGUAUAGUAGCCAUGAUACUUGCUGCUUCCAAUCCUGCAAGUGUACACAAGCUGGUUGUCUGGGGCUCCAACGCCUACAUUUCAGACGUGGACCUGCAGCUGUACAAGAACGUACAAAACAUUGACGACUGGAGCCCAAAGAUGAAACAGCCCUUCAUAGAUGUGUAUGGAGAAGAAUAUUUCCGCAAGCAGUGGCAGGGUUGGUCUCAGGCCGUGCUGAACUACACCACCCACAGAAAUGGAGAUAUCUGUAUUGACAGCUUGCACAACAUUCAGUGUCCAACCUUGAUUGUGAAUGGAGUCAAGGACCCUAUGGUAUCACAGGAACACCCAGCGUUUCUACAUAAGCACAUCGCAAAUUCCAGGGUGGUUGACUUUCCAGAGGGCAAGCACAACCUCCACCUGAGGUUCCACACAGAGUUCAACAGCCUGGUGGAGCAAUUCUUGGAUGAAGAGCUACUGAAACAGGAGUAG